AUGAUCCUUAUCCCAAAACCGGGUAAAGCGCCGAGCCUCGACAACCUUCGCCCCAUAUCACUAACGUCGUGUGUCGGCAAGACCAUGGAGCACGCUCUGCUUAACCGCUGGCAAGCCCAUCUAGAGCAGAAAGAGGCAUAUCCACCGUCGAUCAUAGGAUUCCGCCCACAGCUAUCCACACAAGACGCAAUGAUACAGCUGAAACACCACGUGCUCGAUGGCAAGACGAGGGGGACCAGAGCAAUUCUUGGCCUCGACCUCGAGAGCGCGUUCGAUAAGAUCGCGCACUCGGCGAUAUUACACCAGGUAUCACGGCUAAACCUCGGUUUACGCGCUUACAACUACGUUAGAGAUUUCUUGACGGACAGACGGGCCGUUCUAGUGGCGGGAGACCUCGAGCUAGCAGAGCAGACGUUGGGAAGCACCGGCACCCCGCAAGGAUCGGUCAUCUCGCCCACGCUCUUUAACCUGGUCAUGAUCGGGCUCGCGGAAAAACUGCAAAAACUGGAAGACGUCCGGCACACAAUAUACGCUGACGAUAUUACCAUCUGGGUGCACCAAGGCAGCGACGGCCACAUCGAAACGGCGCUACAACUAGCAAUCGACACUAUAGAGGACCAUCUCGUGGGAACAGGGCUACGAUGCUCCCCGAAAAAGUCUGAACUCCUACUUUACCGCCCCACGCAAAGGGGUAGACCACUCGGGGGCGGUGGGAGGGCGGCGACAAUUAGGCAAGAAUAUGAAGAGAUCAGGCUGCACACGAGCACCGGAGCAACCAUCCCGAUAGUAAAGAGCAUAAGGGUCCUUGGCAUGAUAAUUGAGGCCAACGGCGUCAACGGCGAAACGAUUGCUAAGUUAAAGCACAAGACGACUAACGCCAUGAGACUCCUCAAGAGGGUUACUAGCAGAAGAAGCGGAAUGAGAGAAGAAGGUCUCAUACGACUUAUACACUCUUUCGUCAUGUGCCACAUUGCGUACGUCGCGGCAUUCCACAACUGGUACAAGGCAGAAGAAGCCAAGAUCGACGUCCUCAUCCGCAGGGUGUACAAGAUAGCUCUGGGGCUACCCGAGUCUACCAGCACUCACCUGUUGCUUCAACUUGGCCUUCACAACACACUCAGCGAAAUCGCCGAGGCGCAGCGCACUUCACAACUAGAAAGACUAUCGAGCACGAGAGCGGGACGCCAGAUCAUGGAAAGUCUCGGCAUUCGUUACCACACACAACAAGGCCAGAAAGCCGCCGUUCCAGACACGAUCAGGCAAACGCUAAGGGUUGACCCAAUUCCACGGAACGUUCACCCGGAGCACAACCAAGGCAGAAGAGUGGCCAGGGCCAGAGUUCUCCUCCACACUUACGGAGACGAAAUGGGGGCGCGGUUCGUUGACGCCGCUGAAUACGCAGAACGCUCACGAUUCGCGGUCGCGGUCGUCGAUUGGAAAGGCCAAACGAGAAUAUCGGCAAGUAUACCGUGCGAGCACGCACAAGAAGCGGAGGAAGUGGCGGUGGCGCUCGCACUCACGGAUACGACGUGCACGACGGUCAUCUGCGACUCGAGACAAGCAAUCAGAAACUUCGCCAAAGGAUGGAUCUCGCGACGAGCGGCCCGAAUCCUACGCAAUAGCCAACUCCAUCGAGUGGUAGAUUGUCAAACCAGGCUCAUCUGGUUUCCGGCUCACAUGGGAGAGCCAGUUGGUGGUGGCGCCACUGAGCAUGCGCCAGACGGUCAGGCGCUGAGCGUGUGA